AGAACAGAUACACAUUCACUCAGCUGCAGUGGAGCUGUAGCAGCUCUUGCUCUGUGCCUUUAUUUACCUUUAAGGCACAUUGUAUACUUAGCGUGAGGAUAAAGCAUUGGAUAAAGUAAAAAAAACUUCUCUGUUUUCAGUUCGAUAUUGUCGCCGUUCUUUCCUUUGCUCAAUGUGUUUGCUAAAAUAAGCCACUCAAGCUAGCUAGAAUGCUACAUGACUUUUUUUCUCCACACGAAGAAGAGGAGGGAGGACACUUUUAAUGAAUCCUGAUGGCUUCAUCUUCUGCAGUUGUGAAAGCAACAUGGCGUGAGGGGGACAGUUGUUUGGCUCCUGACCCGAGAGAUGGCACCCUGCGAGAGGCCACAAUUAAGAGACUGACCUCCAUCUCUAAUACUAAUGAUUCUACAGCAUGGUUGCAAUUCACUCACCUUGAAAAAGAUGAAGAAAAACAAGAGGAGGAAGCUGUACCUGUCUCAAAACUCAUGAGACCAGGGUUGAAUCACUUCCUCCAGGAGAAGCCUAUGUUUCCCUGCAUCGCUGCAGACACCAGGCUUUGUGUCCCCUUAGAGUUGAGUGAUGUUAAUGGAGAUAGUAUCCCCUACACCAUCAACAGAUACCUAAGAGAUUACCAGAGAGAAGGUAUAAGGUUCAUUUACAAAAACUACAUUGGUUCCAGAGGUUGUAUCCUGGGGGAUGACAUGGGCUUGGGAAAAACCGUACAGGUCAUUGGUUUCCUUGCUGCUGUAUUGCACAAAACAGGUACAUGGGAGGACAUCGAGAAAAACAGGCCUCAUUUUCUGCAGAGUCAGAUGCCUUCCAAGCAAAGUAAACCCAACAAAGUAUUCCUCAUUGUGGCCCCGCUCUCAGUGCUUUAUAACUGGAAAGAUGAACUGGACACAUGGGGUCACUUCCAAUGUGUAGUGGUCCACGGGCUGAGGAAAGAGGAGGAGCUGGCUCGCAUCAAGAAGGGACGAAUUGAGAUCGCGCUUACUACCUACGAGACUCUGCGCCUUUGUCUUGAUCAGUUUAAUAAUAUAGACUGGUCUGCUGUGGUUGUGGAUGAGGCCCACAAGCUAAAAAAUCCAAACUCUCAGAUCACUCAGGCCAUGAAGGAUCUGAAAUGCAAGAUCAGAGUUGGCCUCACUGGCACCAUCUUACAGAACAACCUUGAGGAGCUGUGGUGCGUCAUGGACUGGGCCAUACCUGGUUGUCUUGGCAACUUAGGACAUUUCAAGAACAACUUUUCGGAUCCGAUCGAGCAAGGGCAGAGGCACAGCGCAACCAAACGUGCCCUAGCUACCGCGAGGAAGACUGUCAGAGCUCUGGUGAGGAAGAUCUCCUAUUUGUUCCUCAGAAGAACUAAAGCUCUCAUCAAGGAACAACUGCCUAAGAAGGAUGACAGGGUGGUGUAUUGCUCCCUGACUGACUUUCAGCAGACUGUGUAUCAGACGGUGUUGGACUCUGAAGAUGUGACGUUAAUUCUGAAGUCUUCAGAGAAAUGUGACUGUCAAAGUGGGCGCAACCGCGGACGCUGCUGCUAUAAAACAAAUUCAGAAGGUGUGGAAAUUAAGAGUCUAUACUUUAGUUACUUGGCAAUAUUGAGGAAGAUUGCAAACCAUGCAGCACUGCUUCAGUCUACCGCAGGAACCAGUAAGAAACAGGAAAAGUAUGUGGGACGCAUCUGUGCAAAGGUGUUCCAAAAGUUCCCAGACUUUGUGCAGAGAUGCAAAGACGAAGCAUUUGAGGCCUUGUCAGACCCGCUGUACAGUGGGAAAAUGAUGGUUUUGCAGAAGCUGAUGAAGCAUUACUUGCAAAGGAGAGAUAAAAUACUUAUUUUUUCUCUCUCAACCAAGCUGUUAGAUGUGCUGGAGAGCUACUGCAUGGCCGAGGGGCUCGACUACAUCAGGCUGGACGGAACCACCAAAGCCAAAGAGAGAGUCCAGAUUGUCAAAGAGUUCAACAUCUCUCCUCACAUCAACCUCUGCCUGGUUUCCACCAUGGCGGGUGGUCUCGGUCUGAACUUCGUAGGGGCCAAUGUGGUUGUACUCUUUGACCCUACUUGGAACCCAGCCAAUGACCUCCAAGCUAUUGACAGGGCAUAUCGAAUUGGCCAGUGCAGAGAUGUGACUGUUCUUAGGCUGAUCUCAUUGGGCACCGUAGAAGAGGUUAUCUACCUCAGACAAAUUUACAAACAGCAACUUCAGUCCUCCGUUGUCGGCAAGGAGAGUGCGCGGCGGUACUUUGAGGCAGUGCAGGGGCAUGGUGUCCAUAAGGGGGAGCUGUUUGGGAUCAAAAACCUCUUCAGGCUGCAGACCCUAGGGUCAUGCCUCACCCGCGAGAUACUAGAGCGAGAAGGACAAGUUGAGGCCGGCGUAAUGACAAGCAGCACAUACACGGCUGAAGAGAAGGAGGAGGGGACGGAGGGAGUUAGCAAACCUGGCGAUUCCCCACCUGCAGAUAACCCUGUACCAAAUAAUGAACCAGCCCAGGAGAACAGAGGUGCAUCAAAGGUCCCAAAAGGGGUGCUGGACUUCAGCAGUGGAAGUGAAGAGGAUGAUGAAGAACAGGGUCUUAAGAGAAAGGGGUCAAAGCCCGGUGCAGCGGAUGGCAACAGUGCUGCUGCUGGUCCUGGUCGAGUUAGUCUCCUUCAGCACGGUUUCUCCAGACUCCUCGAAAGGGUCAAAGGGAAACCAGAGUUAGCAGAAGGGGACAGUAGUCCGGGUAUCGAAGAAAGCCCCUCUGAGGAAGAGACUGUGGAUCAAAAUGUGGAGGGUGCCUCCUCUGGUAUUUGCAAAAGCUCUGAUGCAGGAAAUGCAUCAGUCGGUCCCCCUAAAUUGGGGACGAAAACCUGGGGUUCAGACAUAGAAGACAGUGAGAAUGGAGAUAGUGGCAAAGAAGAGAGGGUCUCAUUGUUUAAACAGAGUGAUGAUAAUGGAAGGAAGAGACGGGGCCUGAAAGGGUGGACAAAUAAAAACAUUACUGUUGAUGAGGAGAGUGAUGGAAAUCCCUCACCUGACAAAAAGAAACCUAACAAGCUCAAAACUUCAGUUCCAAAAGUACGCCGCUUUAAGGGUUACUCAGAUGAAUCAGAGGAUUUGGACAUAGAGGCAAAGACCUGUCCCAAGAGGAGCACUUUAAAUUCACAUGGUAGAGGAAGUUGCAGAGAAAAUCUGGACCACAACAAAAAGUGGCUAAGUGCUAGUGUUCGGGAAAAGGCCAGAUCCAAAUACACAAAGGACAUAGAGACAUUCACGUCUUCAGAAGAGGAAAACACUCCUGUUAAGAAAGGGAGGUCUCCAGGAUGUCCCUCAACAUCUCCACAAAUAGAAAGAUCCAGGUUUGAGUUGACAAAAGAUGUGCAAAGAGCUGCAACCACCAGGACAGAGAGACGAGCAGGCAUGCCCAAAGCUGUUUCAUUUACAAAUCUAAAAUGUCAGACAUCCCCGGCAUCCAAAGGAAAGGAUAAACUAUUGACAGUGUGCUAGGUGGUGUACACGAGGUGUUAUACACCCACUCUAACCAGCGCGUUGUGGGCGGGAGCAAAGCAGAGGAGCGGAUGAGUCGAGCUGCAGUACG